GUUUCUUCUCAUUAUUUUCGUUUUUACGUGGAGGAACAACAGAGAGGCACGGCUGUCGUUCUUAGUGCUUUACGCUUUCACAUUUAGCCAUAGACAAAUCUUUCUGUGUGACAACACAACCUGUCGCUUUCGCAACACAAAUCUUUUUCAAACGUGAACACACUAACCCAUGUCGCGCCCGGCAGGCACGUUUUACCCCGACGAUGCGGUCUUUCUGUCCCGAGCGGUAUCAAAGUGAGCUUUUGUGGCUGGAGAACGAAAUUUCUAUUGCUGCUUGUUCUACAGCAUGACACCAGCAUCUUGGCUUCGUGGUUCUAAUGCACAGCUAGACAACUUUUGUUUCCACGCCCAAAGCAUGCCUCUGCAUAAGCCACGUCAAAAAAUGUCACGCAAACUUUUGCGUGCACGGGCGACAACAAACUGGCGCUACUGAUGAACGCGAUCCAGAAUUUAUGAAUCAGGAAAUAAAAAUAAUGACAAUGACUUCAGCUACCGUGCCUCGGCGAAAAAUGGCGGUUCGUAUUGCUUUGUCUGGCAGCUAUUGCACCAAAUGAAGGAAAUAAGUGCCAUAUUGUGAUGCAGUCUGCUUUUGAAAAGCCACAGCAUGGGGAUGACUCGCGCGAAUUACUUUAGAUGGGCUCGCGCGAAGCAUCACCGCCUAAGUCGUGCGAACGACUUAAGGCUCACGAAGCACCUUGGCUUAAGUCGUGCGACCGACUUAAGAGGCUCGCGAAGCACCUUGGCUUAAGUCGUGCGCACGACUUAAGAGGUUCGCGAAGCACUUUGGCUUAAGUAGUGCGAACGACUUAAGACGACCGACGAAGUGCACUACUUAGUCUAAGUCGUGCGAAACACUUAAGCUUGCUCUGAGUCUUGCAAAGCACCGGAGCUGCAGGAAGCAGCACUUCGGCUUAAGUAGUGCAACGCUCGCACUGCAGCUUAACUGGCGCGAAUGACUUUAGCCGAAGUCGCGCGAAAAAUCACUCAGGCGUGCGCCGACGCUUAGGAGCGGCUUGCGAGUGCGCUUACCGCAGGCGCUGUGGAACAACGUUCGCGGUAAAGUACAUAAUUGUCGCGAGAGCAGCCCUGCUGGUGCUGUGAAGGGCAAGGAUAACUUUUUUUGAUGACAGAGGUGUUUUUUGCAUGAUCGAAGGAAGACAUUAUUUCCUGUCCCCUCCAUACGCCGCCUGUAAAGUGGUCGCCCACGCCAUCCGCCGCGCCGGAAUUUCCAACCUGUACGGCCAGGCCGGGGACUCGAACGCCAGUGGCGACGACGUGAAGAAGCUGGAUGUGCUGGCCAACGAGAUCUGGGUCCACUCUCUGAAGCAGUCGGGCGUGUGCUGCUUACUCGUCUCGGAAGAGGUACGGAAGCGUCAGGACUGAAAUCGUCAACGUUGAAAUAAUUUCUCAUGCAUAAGUGGCAAGGCAUGAAGGGUGUCUCUUGCAGGGAUGGCAAGUGAGGCCGGCUGUAAGCCUGUUUUGGGUCUGCGAUAGAGCUACUAAUGUAGCAUGACAAAAGACACUUUCUGUCCCUAAACAGCAUGACAGACUGGAUUUAGACGGUGCCGAAAUUUGUCAUGCACCGCUUGGAAAUAUGGCUUCCAACUGGUAUCGAUUUUAUGCAUUACAACUCUGUCGACUUCAAUCCUGACACUCUCAUAAGAGGAAAAAGACGCCAUCGUCGUUCAUGGGGAGAACAACAAUAGCAGUACUACCGCAUCUUCUGGAGAAGACGGAAAUAGCGGGGCCUGUUUCUGUAUGCAUUGCAAAAAUGUCUGGGUCUGGAAGAGUGCAAACUUCUCAUGCAUAUUUUCCAUGCCCCAUGAGGUUUGGAAUGUAGGACCUAGCAUGACAGGUUCUGCGACGUCCCUAUCAUGCCUAUCCUGCGUGACAAACUGCCUCUAAACUUGUUCAAAACUGGACAGCUUUUGGUAGUCAUGCAACACAAAUUUUUGUAAGUACCAUCCAGACUUAGCAUGACAAGUUCGCAUCCUUUCAGACCCAGACAUGUUUGCAAUGCAUAUUCUGCGUCGCCUUCGAUCCCCUGGACGGAAGUUCAAACAUCGACUGUAACGUUUAUCAACUGCAAAUAUGUCUGGGCCUGGAACAGCACUCCUGCGAGGGUUCUUUGUCAUGCAGUUUUUGAAUGGCUGGCUCUGGCAAGGUCCGCUCCGAGGGUUCUAGUCGGCGAUAGCUACUGUUUCUAAAAAGGUGAGGACUUCUCUCAUAUGAUGCUUGGUUGCAGCCCUGGUUACGCCGCAUGAGAAAUACAAAUGCAUUCCUUCCGGGACAAGAAAAGGACCCUUGUUGCCGCUGAUACAUGAUGCUUUUUGUGCGAUGUGAAAUGCGCAUGUGUACUCCUUGGAGAUGCAGACGUAAAUUUGCAUUGCAUACCGGUUCUGUCGGUUCGAUUUUCAGCAUCUACAAGAGGCUGUCACUAUCACACAGAAAAUUAGUACCAACAUCGUGGCAAACUUGUCAUGCGGAAAGAAGAGGAGCGUAGAAAUAAACGAAGGCUUCGUGCAAAACUUUCUAGCAUUCUAAUACACGCUACAACAUGCAAGAAACACAACCUUUGGCCCUUCGCCUAGCCAUCAAGAUAUACGCAUCACAAACUGCGCGAUCGCAAACUCUUUUCUGGCGGAUAGAUACCCAUGAGCGGAAAAGCGACGGUGGACGACAUUUUGCGACCCGGAACGGAAAUCGUGGCUGCGGGAUAUUCAAUGUACCUACUUCUGCUUUCGCCAUGCACGACAUCGCUUUGUGAACAGACACAGAAUGAUGAAAACAUCAGAAUUUUGUAUGCAAAUCAAAACCGCAUGAUCAGAAUCAGAUAAAAUCACGACCGCAAAAAUAAUGCACAACUUUCAUCAGGUACGGUGCCGGUUGCGAGUUGGUAAUAUCCGCGCCGGAAACUAUUACCGGCGUGCAGCGGUACCAAUUGGACCCCUCCAUCGGAGAGUUCAUGUUUAUCGAAAACAUCAAAAUACCUUCGAACGGCGGGAAGAAGAUCUACUCGUGCAACGAAGGCAACUCCAAGCACUGGGAUGUAUGGAUUGCAAAAGUAAAGUGCUAGCAUGAGUUUUUAUCGGAGUACAGGAAAAUUAAAAACAGUGCAAUUUGUAAUGGUAGGACCAUAUCUACUAUCAGAGUCGUCUUGCUUAUGUCGUGCAGCAACAUUGCGCCUGUACUCCAGUACGAGCCCGAUACUUUUGCACAGGACAGGAGAAAGGGAUCCAUGAUUUUGUGAACUACUGCAAGGAAAACGAUUACACCGCGCGGUACGUGGGGUCCAUGGUAUCCGACGUCCACCGAAGUCUCCUCUACGGCUAUUACAAUGAAAAAUGUCCCCACCUCCAAAGUUGCAACAGUUUGUGAUGCGAAGCGUCCAAAUGAAAACUUUGUGUCAUGCAUGAAAGGAGUAUGAAUCUUUCUGAUGCAGAGUCUAGGCGUGUAUCGCAGCGCCUGCAUGACAAGCGCCGCUCUUGCUGGGAUCUUUCGCAAUGCAAAUUCUUGCUAUAAUUCACGACCGGAAAUCUGUGAUGCUGAUAGAUGCAAGAUGGCGCAUGUUUCAUAUGGAAAGAUUUGCAAGACAAAUGCGCCCAAGAUCGGGGGUCGUGGGGGUAUUUUUCAUUGUAAUAACGGCGGCGUUUUCCUGUACCCCGCGGACCAGAAAUCGACCAAAGGGAAACUCCGGGUCUUGUACUGCAAUGAAAAAUGCUCCCACCCCGGAAUUUGCAGAAGUUUGUCAUGCAAAGUUUCCAAAUGAAAGCUUUUUGUCUUGCAUGAAAGGAUUGCGAGCCUUCCUGAUGCAGAAUCUGGGUGCGCAACCGCAAGGUGCCUUCUGCAUGACAGAUCCGGCCACUGUUGGGGUCCUUCGCAAGACAAAUUUGAGCUAUUCAGCAUGGAAAAUUUGUGAUGCUGAGAUAUGUAAGACGGGGAAUGUUUCUAUUGGAAAGGUUUGCAAUGCAAAUGCUGCCAAGUUUGGGAUCAUGGGGGCAGUUUUCAUUGUGAUAUCUUGUACGAGGGCUUCCCGAUGGCCUUGAUCACGGAACAAGCCGGUGGGUUGGCCAAUUAUUGUCGGGAAAAAUCACCCCUCCCCAUAUUGAAAAGGCACGCUUCCAAAAAUUCGGGUUGCUGAUUUGUGGUCACAGAUCGCAUCUGUCUUGCAAGAAGACAAGGGCAGAAGCUUCCGUCCCAUUGUGGAAGCCAUCUGUCAUGCUUUUUGGCCUAAAGGGCAGCCGUUUGCAAUGCUGAGCAACUAGACACAAACGCCCCUACCUAGGCUGGCGAUCUGGCCGCGAUGCGGCCUUCCUGCAAUACGAAGCUGACCCUAUGCCCCUCCAGCGCCUGCGGAGGCUUGCUUCCCCAGUGAUAAUGGACAAUGGCAAUGUCGGUGCGGUUGUUUUAGCAUCACAAAUUUCCUUUUCGACAUGGGGAGUGAAGAUUUUUCCUAACAAUACCAAUACCGGCAUGUUUCGCGGGAAGUGCGGACGGAUCUUGGAGGUGAAUCCAGAGAAAAUCCACGACCGAUGCCCGAUUAUCAUGGGCUGCGUUCGGGAUGUGCAAAUGAUUUUGAAGAUGAUAGAAGAUACAGCGUGAAGAAAAAAAGUACGGGAAGCUGCAGGUCUGUUGCUUGUACUGAAGGUGCUUUAAAGAUGCGCAGAUUCUGCAGACGCUCCAUUUAUUCGAUGAGGCGCAUGGUCUUCUCACCUAUGAAUAUGAAGCCAGGCACGACAUAAUCAUCCCGCAAUAAACUUUUUCAAAGUUGUAAGAUACGCUCAU